AUGGGCACUAAAUAAAUAAAGGAUAAAGAUCAUAAUUAAUAAUAGUUUUAAUAUAAGAAUUUGGAGGGAUUCUAAAUUACAUAUGAAGAAAAGUGUUUUGCUUUGGCAUUUAAUUAGAGUUGUUCAUAUCUAGUUGCAGGAUCUGAUUUUAAUAUUAAAGUAUUUAAAUUUGAUUAUGAAUAAUUGCAACCAACCUAGCUGCUAAUUGCUCAUAAAGAUUAUGUUUAAACUUUGAAUUUCAUGAAAUAGACUAAUUAAAGUUUUAUAUCUGGAGGCCGUGAUAGUUUUAUAAUUAUAUGGGAAUUAAACAAUAUGAGUAAUUGGUACAAGAAAUAAACAUUGAAUUAUCACAUUCUUCCAAUUACUUGCUUAAUAAUAAGCAAAAAUGAAGAGUUUUUCUUUUCAGGCAGUGAUGAUAGAACAAUUAAACUUUAUCAUAAGAACCAUGAUUAGGAAUGGUUUUGUAAAUAAAAUAUAAUGGAUCAUUCUGGUACGAUUAAUGGAUUAAGUUUAAAUUAAGAAUAAAAUAAGUUAAUCACUUGUGCUUAAGAUUUCAAGAUAUUGAUUAUAGAAAGGGAUAAUGAUAAUUGGUUUGUUAUAUAAACUAUAGAACAAUAUGGAUUGAGAUUAUGCUUUAUUUUUGACAAUCUCUUUACUUUUUAGCCGAAUGACAACGCUAUGUAUCUAUAUUACCCUGAAUCAAAUAAUUAAAUUAUUAAUUAUAAGAAAAAGAAAAUUGGUACGAAACGAGGAGGUUGUGUUUGUACUUCCCUUUUUCCUCAAUAAUUUAUAUAAUCAAAAAGUCUUUUAAUGAAUAAAAAUGGAGGAUAUGUUCAUUUCAUAAAAAUAUUAGAUUUAAAUACUUAUUAUAUAGUAUAAACCAUAAAUUUUGGAACAUAUUGUCUCUCAGGAGAAAUUAGUGAAGAUGGUGAAUAUUUUGUAACUUGGGACAACUUAUCAAACCAAAUUCAAGUUAAAAAAUAUAUUGAAUGUUGA